CCUCCUCUGUAUAUUUCAUCUCUCGCCUACAUUUCUGCCGCUUAGGGUUGAGAGAGUUUUUUAACUUUGCCUCUGUUCCAGUUCGAUUUUAGGUUUCUUCAAACAUGAGACCUCCCAUGAGAGGCCGUGGUGGCGGUGGUUUCAGAGGCGGUAGAGAUUCCGGAGGCCGCGGCUUCAGGGGAGGCGGCCGUUUCGGAGGCGGAAGGGGCGGCGGUCGUGAGGACUAUAACCAACCUCCUGAACAUGUCGUCGAGGUUUCUUCGUUCAUUCAUGCUUGCGAGGGAGAUGCAGUCACGAAGCUUACAAAUGAGAAAAUACCCUAUUUCAAUGCGCCGAUCUAUCUUCAGAACAUGACCCAGAUCGGUAAAGUGGAUGAAAUUUUUGGCCCGAUCAAUGAAUCUUUAUUCUCUAUCAAAAUGAAUGAAGGCAUUGUAGCAACCUCCUAUGCAGCAGGAGACAAAUUCUACAUUGACCCAGCUAAGCUUUUGCCUCUUGCCAGAUUUCUCCCACAGCCUAAGGGAUCUGUCCAAUUUAGUAGAGGUGGUGGACGCGGUGGUGGUGGCCGAGGAGGUGGAAGAGGUGGUCGUGGAGGAGCAGGUGGCUUUCGCGGUAGAGGUGCUCCUCGUGGAGGCGGUAGAGGAGGUGGUUUCCGAGGUGGAGGUGGUGGCUUCCGUGGUGGUCGUGGCAGAGGACGAUUUUAGGGUUUUGGGAUGGAAAGGGGGUGGUAGUGGUGUUCAUGAACCAGACUUCUAUGUUAUCCCUUUUUUGUAUGGUUCUGGUUGUUUACUUAAAUUUGCAUUAUGGAUGAUAGGAUGUUCUUGUUGGUUUUAAUUGUAGAAUUUAUCAAUGUUUUCUUGUUUUAAUUAGUAGUUUCAUCUUUCAAGUGGCUAUUGGUUGGCCAUGACUUCAAUUUCUUUAUGAGAAUUAUUGAUCAGAUCA